AUUUUUUUUUUCUUUUUCUCUAUUCAGUUCACCAAUAAACGCACCGACCUUUGUGAAAAACCCCCAUGGAAGAAAGAAAAGGGAAGUUUUCUUUCGAAUCCGCAUAGCUUGAUCGUCAACUCCACCAAAAAAAAAAAGAUGCCUGAAGAGGAUUUGGUAGACAUUAAAUUCCGUUUAUACGAUGGUUCGGAUAUCGGACCUUUUCGUUACUCGUCGGCGUCGACGGUUGAUAUGCUCAAGCAGAGAAUUGUGGCUGAUUGGCCCAAAGGUAAAACAAUCAUACCGAAGACUGCGAAUGAAGUUAAACUGAUCAGUUCUGGUAAAAUUUUGGAAAACAACAAGACUGUUGGUCAGUGUAAAUUACCCUUUGGUGAUACAGCUGCUGGGGGAGUUCUCAUAAUGCAUGUUGUUGUACAGCCAUCUCCAGCAAAAACUAAAUCAGAAAAGAAGAUUGAUGAUUCUCCCAGGAAAGUUGUAUGCUCAUGUUCUAUACUGUGAAUUAAAAUGUUAUAGAGUCAGUAUGUUGUAAGCUUUGUGCAACAGAAUAAGUCUUGGAGACCAUGUUUUGUGGCAGCUUUCAUGUGUAAAAGUACAAGCUGGUGAUGAUGAUUUGUCUUGAUAGAAAGAAAGUCAAGUGUUCUUCGUUCGUGAGUCCUUACAGAUUAUUAGUUUUCACUUUCAGUUCAGCAUAUUGUUUGUUUUUAUUUCCUUUUUCUAUUUUGUUUCUUUCUUCUCGUUUGGUCUCUUCUACUUUGUAGUCUUAUAUUAUAGAUAUCAUUCCAGUUAUGUUAUGUCAAACAAGCUGUAUAGACCUCAUUAUUGUAAAGAUCCACAUUCAAUAUAAGGAGAAAAUGCUGUGUUUAUGAAUUAUGAUGAAAA